GCUCGCAGCGGGCGGGGAUCCUCGGCGGAGUUACGGGAAAGUUGGUCCGAGUUCCUGGAGUUUCGGGCUCGGCCGGCCGGUGUCCCGGCUCCUGUGGUCGCCCAGGCCCUCGCCGCCCGCCUGGGCCCUCCUCCCGCCCCGCCGCCAUGGAGCAGCCGCCCGCGCCCAAGAGUAAGCUUAAAAAGCUGAGUGAAGACAGUCUGACGAAGCAGCCCGAGGAAGUGUUUGAUGUGUUAGAGAAGCUUGGGGAAGGGUCUUAUGGAAGUGUAUUUAAAGCAAUUCAUAAGGAAUCUGGACAAGUUGUGGCAAUUAAACAAGUACCUGUUGAAUCGGAUCUUCAGGAAAUAAUCAAAGAAAUUUCUAUAAUGCAGCAGUGUGACAGCCCGUAUGUUGUGAAGUAUUAUGGCAGUUACUUCAAGAACACAGACCUCUGGAUUGUUAUGGAGUACUGUGGUGCAGGCUCCGUCUCGGACAUAAUUCGAUUACGAAACAAGACUUUAACAGAAGAUGAAAUUGCAACGAUCCUGAAAUCCACUUUGAAAGGACUAGAAUAUUUACACUUUAUGAGAAAAAUCCACAGAGAUAUAAAGGCGGGAAACAUUCUCCUUAAUACAGAAGGACACGCAAAAUUGGCGGAUUUUGGAGUGGCCGGUCAGCUUACGGACACAAUGGCCAAGCGCAACACCGUCAUCGGAACUCCGUUCUGGAUGGCACCGGAGGUCAUCCAGGAAAUAGGUUACAACUGUGUGGCAGAUAUCUGGUCUCUGGGCAUCACGUCCAUAGAAAUGGCUGAAGGAAAACCUCCAUAUGCCGAUAUACAUCCCAUGAGGGCAAUUUUUAUGAUUCCCACAAAUCCACCACCGACAUUCAGGAAGCCAGAGCUAUGGUCUGACGAUUUUACCGAUUUUGUCAAAAAGUGCCUGGUGAAGAAUCCUGAGCAGAGGGCUACCGCGACACAGCUGUUGCAGCACCCUUUCAUCAAGAACGCAAAACCGGUAUCCAUCUUACGAGACCUGAUAACAGAAGCCAUGGAGAUCAAAGCCAAGAGACACGAGGAGCAGCAGCGAGAGCUGGAGGAGGAGGAAGAAAAUUCGGACGAAGACGAGCUGGACUCGCACACCAUGGUGAAGAGCACUGCGGAGGGCGCGGGCACCGUGCGGGCCCCCAGCACCCUGAGCGAGGGUGCCCAGACCAUGAUCGAGCACAGCAGCAGCGUGCUGGAGGCCGACCUGGGCACCAUGGUCAUCAACAGCGAGGACGAGGACGAGGAGGACGGCACCAUGAAAAGAAAUGCCACGUCCCCGCAAGCGCAGCGGCCGGCUUUCAUGGACUACUUCGACAAGCAGGACUUCAAGAACAAGAGCGACAGCAGCUGCCGCCAGAGCGUGCUCGACCCCUUCCCCGUGUCCAAGAACGUGUUUCCCGAGAACUGGAAAGUUCCGCAGGAUGGAGACUUCGACUUCCUGAAAAACCUCAGUCUGGAAGAGCUGCAGAUGCGGCUGAAGGCGCUGGACCCCAUGAUGGAGCGCGAGAUCGAGGAGCUGCGGCAGAGAUACACGGCCAAGCGGCAGCCCAUCCUCGACGCCAUGGACGCCAAGAAGAGGCGGCAGCAGAACUUCUGAGCGGCAGCGCCCCCCCACCCCCCCAAGGGAAACAGCGUGGCCGGGCCCGGAGCAGCCAGAGGGGCGCGGGUUGGACCCUGCUGGCUGUGCUCCAGACUAGUGAUGGUACCGACAGUCACACCUUGCCCAUGCCGCCCACCCACACUAAAAUGGUCAGAUUUCGACUGUGUGCAAAGCCCCCGGCUUCCCUGUACAGCCCCGAGGGGCUUUACGGGACAAUAUUCUGUGUUGUUAUCUAGUAUCCUAUUUAUUAUAUCCCCUUAGGUCAACUUAUUUAUUUGUGCUAAUUCACUUCCUUCUGCUUGGUUAAGGACAAGAUCAGGAUGGUUUUGGUGAUGGUAGAGAAGUAGAUAAUCAUGUACAAUCAAACAGAUGCCUUAAGCGUGGCGGGCGGUUGGGACACAUGCCUUGAUUUCUAGGGUCAUUUUUUUAAAUAGAAUUAAAGCAAUAAUAGCCAUCGUACCCAACUGGGUCCCCCCCUUUUUUUUUGUACUGAAGUGAUAAUUUCAUUUUUAUCUUCUGAAAUUUUAAUUUUUUUAAAAAAAAUUGUUUAUGUUUGGUACAAAUAGAGCUCUAUAUUUAGACAAAGCUAUAAUGUCUAAAACCAAAGAAAUCACUGAAAUCCUUGCACCAAAAAGAAAUGUGUGGAAAUUACUUUAAACGAAA